GUCCCAUAAAGGCGCCAGUCGCUGGCUGCUGACAGCCGCCAUCCGGGCGAGAGCUGGCGGCCACCGGUGGAGAACCGGGAGCGACGGCCCUGCACUGCUUCAUCUAGUGCAAACCGAAAGGGUGAUUGGAUAAGGUCCCUUCCUAAGAGGAAUUUGUAGACUUUUCCUGCUAAGACCUCAAUUUGUAUUUUUGAAGAACAGAAAGAAGUUCUGUGAAGUGUUGAAAUAAUUUAAACCAUCUAAGACCAAGACAUACAUAAUGAAACAAUGCAUACUAUUUGUAUAAAAGAGGACAUGUUCUCGUAGACAACUUUAAAAUAACAGGAUCUGAAGUGGUUGAGAAUGUCUCUGCCAAGUCGACAAACAGCUAUUGUUAACCCCCCUCCACCAGAGUACAUAAACACUAAGAAAAAUGGGCGACUGACGAAUCAGCUGCAGUUCCUACAGAGAGUGGUCCUGAAGGCUCUGUGGAAGCACAGCUUCUCCUGGCCUUUUCAGCAGCCUGUAGAUGCUGUGAAACUCAAGCUGCCUGACUAUUACACCAUCAUAAAAACCCCAAUGGAUUUAAAUACAAUUAAGAAGCGGUUGGAAAAUAAGUAUUAUGAGAAGGCUUCUGAAUGCAUAGAAGACUUCAACACAAUGUUCUCAAACUGCUACUUAUACAACAAGCCUGGAGAUGACAUUGUUGUUAUGGCCCAAGCUCUAGAGAAGUUGUUUAUGCAGAAAUUAUCUCAGAUGCCACAAGAAGAGCAAGUUGUGGGUGGUAAGGAGAGAAUAAAGAAAGAUAUCCAACAAAAGAUCGCAGUUUCCUCUGCUAAGGAACAGAUUCCCUCCAAAGUGGCAGAGAAUGUCUUCAAGCGGCCAGAGAUUCCUUCUGGGUUUCCUGACAUCUCUCUUUCUCCUUUAAACAUGGCACAAGAAGCUCUCCCUACCUGUGAUUCACAGACUCUGGUCCAAAUUACAAAGGGUGUGAAGAGGCGAGCAGACACAACAACUCCUACCACUUCCAUAGCUAAAGCAAGUAGCGAAUCUCCUCCGACACUUAAAGAAACAAAGCCAGUGAAUAUGCCUAUAAAAGAUAACACAGUAAAGAACGUUUUGCCAGACUCUCAGCAACAACACAGAGUUUUAAAAACAGUCAAAGUAACGGAGCAAUUAAAGCACUGCAGCGAGAUUCUUAAAGAAAUGCUGGCCAAGAAGCAUUUGCCAUAUGCAUGGCCCUUCUAUAACCCUGUGGAUGCCGAUGCUUUGGGACUCCACAACUACUAUGACAUUGUCAAAAAUCCUAUGGAUCUCGGGACUAUCAAGGGGAAAAUGGACAAUCAAGAAUAUAAGGAUGCAUAUGAAUUUGCUGCAGAUGUCAGAUUGAUGUUUAUGAAUUGCUACAAGUAUAAUCCUCCCGAUCAUGAAGUUGUGGCAAUGGCUAGGAUGCUUCAGGAUGUUUUUGAAAUGCAUUUUGCCAAGAUUCCUGAUGAACCUGUUGAGAGUAUGCACGCAUGUCACCUUACAACAAACAAUGCACAGGCCCUCAGUAAAGAAAGCAGCAGCGAGGCCUCCUCGGGGGACUGCUCUUCUGAAGACUCUGAGGACGAGCGAGUACAGCGUCUUGCCAAGCUUCAGGAGCAGCUUAAUGCUGUUCAUCAGCAGCUACAAGUUCUGUCCCAAGUUCCAUUACGUAAGCUGAAGAAAAAGAAUGAGAAGUCUAAAAGGGCACCAAAAAGGAAAAAGGUUAAUAACAGAGAUGAAAACCCAAAGAAAAAGCGUAAGCAAAUGAAGCAAAAGGAGAAGGCCAAGAGCAAUCAACCGAAGAAGAAGAAGCCACCUUUGAAACUGGAAGAGGAAGACAAUGCGAAGCCUAUGAACUAUGAUGAGAAAAGGCAGCUGAGCUUGGACAUAAACAAACUGCCUGGAGACAAGCUUGGUCGAAUAGUUCAUAUCAUACAGUCAAGGGAGCCUUCCCUGAGAAACUCCAACCCGGACGAGAUCGAGAUCGACUUUGAAACCCUAAAGGCAUCCACACUUAGAGAACUGGAGAAGUAUGUCCUGGCCUGUCUGAGGAAGAGGUCCCUGAAGCCCCAAGCGAAGAAGGUGGUCAGGUCUAAGGAGGAGCUCCAUUCUGAAAAAAAGCUGGAGCUGGAGAGGCGGUUGCUGGACGUCAACAAUCAGCUGAAUUGUAGGAAACGGCAAACGAAACGUCCAGCAAAAGUGGAUAAGCCGCCGCCACCACCGCCACCGCCGCCGCCCCCGGAGCUGGCAAGCGGGUCCCGCCUGAGCGACAGCAGCAGUAGCAGCAGCGGCAGUGGCAGCAGCAGUAGCAGCAGCAGCAGUAGCAGCAGCAGCAGUAGCAGCAGCAGCAGCAGCAGCAGCUCGGGGUCCGGGAGCAGCAGCAGUGACUCGAGCUCCUCAGACAGCAGCGAUUCGGAACCAGAAAUAUUGCCUAAAUUUACUGGAGUAAAACAGAAUGAUUUGCCUCCAAGAGAACAUAUAAAGCAGAUACAGUCUUCUGUGCAAGACAUAGCCUCUGCUGAAGCUCCCCUUGCUCAGCAGAGCACAGCACCAUGUGGAGCUCCAGGGAAGCACUCCCAGCAGAUGCUUGGUUGCCAAGUGUCACAGCAUAUGCAGGCCACGGAGAACACUGCAUCUGUGCAGACUCAGCCUCCUUCAGGUGAUUGCAAGCAAGUAUUGCAUGGCCCCCCUGUGGUGCAUACCUCUGCUGAGAGUCACACAGUGCCGGAGCCGGAAUGUCAUGCUCCCGUGCAGAAGGAUAUAAAGAUUAAGAAUGCAGACUCUUGGAAAAGUUUAGGGAAGCCAGUGAAAGCAUCAAGUGUACUGAAAUCUUCAGAUGAGCUUUUCAACCAGUUUAGAAAAGCUGCAAUAGAAAAAGAAGGAAAGGCUCGGACACAGGAGCGCAUGCGGAAGCACCUGGAACAUGCUGCACAGGACCCAAAAGUAUCUCAGGAAAGUCAGAGGGAGCUUGGAAGUGGAUUGACUCUAGAAUCUUUAUCAAAUAAAGUGCAAGACAAGUCUCAUGAAGAAGAGCAGAGUGAACAGCAGCCACCAUUGGACGCUCAAGACAUAAGCAAGCUCUGGCUUCUCAAAGACCGGAAUUUAGCAAGGGAGAAAGAGCAGGAGCGUAGGAGAAGAGAAGCAAUGGCGGGUACCAUUGAUAUGACUCUUCAAAGCGACAUUAUGACAAUGUUUGAAAAUAACUUUGAUUAAAACUCAGUUUGUAAAUUAACUCUCAACUUUAAAUGAAAGGUAAAAAUGUUUACAGUGCAUGUGGUAAAGUGAUUACUUUAAACACCAGAAUGUCAAUCACAAAUUGUGUUCUGACUGCCCUAAAAUAAUUAAAUAUUUUUCAUUUACAUUUUUAAGAAAUAUGUUCUUUUAAUGACAUAAUUUAUAAAAAGUUUUGUAAUUUUGACCUCUAAAAGUGAAUAGAUUUUAUUCAUUCUAAAGAGGACUGUCAGUGAUGUAUUAUAGUCCUGAUCUAAGUAAAUCUAAAAAGGAUCAUCUGAUUGAAAAAAAAAAUGAAGAAUAUAUAAACAUGUAUAAAACAGG